AUGUUCAAGUGGGCGCGGGAGAGGGGCUCUACCGAUUUUGCCCACUGGUUAUUCCUGUACCGCGGUUGCAGCGGUGCCGUAGGCGUCGCCGUCGGUGCCCUCAAGAUGGACACCCUGGUCGACCUCGAUUUCAAGUCGGGGAGCGCGAUCAAGCCUUUUCUCGCGACGCUCCCGCACGAGCGUCUGUUCCAGGGCGAGACGGACGGUUGUUCGUUCCCCAACGGCGGCCUGCGCGUGACGCACUCCGCCGCCGCCUUCACAGUCUGGGACUGGACAUCGUCCCCGAUCGUUGCGGGCACCACGCUCUGGAUCCCGUGCUCCUUCCUGACGCACCUGGGAAGGGCGAUCGACGACAGGACGCCGCUCCUGCGCUCGGACGACGCCGUAAGCGCCCAGGGGAUUCGCUUCCUGAAGGCCCUGGGGCUAGCGUCCGGUGCCAAGUGCCUCCGAUCGUACUUCGGGUGGGAGCAGGAGUUCUCCGUCGUUUCCGCCGACCUGUACAAGAAGCGACCAGACCUCGUCAACACCAGCCGCACGCUGCUCGGCAAGCUGCCCAAACGCGGCCAGCAAACGGACCUCAACUACUUCGCCCCCGUCCCAGAGCUCAGGCUCGUCGACAAGCUGCUUGUGGAGGUACAGCAGGAAAUGGUGAGGACGGGUACCCCGAUGGCGGUCCGCCACAACGAGGUGGCGCCAGGGCAGCACGAGAUGUCGCCCAUCUUCGGGUUGGCCGAUUGGUCCGCCGACAUCCACGUGUACUUCAUGGAGGCUUGCAACAGGGAGGCAGCCAAGUACAAUCUGAUGGUGCUGUUCCACGAGAAGCCGUUCGCUGGCAUCAACGGCAGCGGCAAGCACGCCAAUUGGUCCGUCGGAGCUGACACCGGCAACGAACACCGCUUCGGAACCCAGGAGGCGCCCCCGGCCAUCGUCUCGCUCUACCCUGGCAUCGGCUUCGAAGCGCGCGUGGACGCGGUGAUCGGAGGAGGCCCCCUGGACGAGUUCAAGGCUGAGAAGAAUCGGCAGUCCACUGGUUGCAAGGCGUCCAUGGUGGUGGAGUCCGACGUCGAGGGCGGCAGCCGCGCGGCGCCCUUCCCCUUCUGCGGCAGCCGCUACGGGUUCAGCGCGAUAGUGGCCGCUGGCAUGGGCGCGCUCUCCGAUAAGAUCGAGGCCGGCAUGAAGGCGCGCGAUGCCGUUGCCGAGAUGUGCAAAAAGAACCGCAAUGCCAUCUCUACAGGCAGCGGCUACUCCGCCGAAUGGCCAGCCGAGGCGGCCGAGCGCGGUCUCCCCGACCUCAGCGCGAUGCCGAAGGCGAUGUGCGAGGCUUGCAACGCCGCAAACAGCGACGGGGUCGGCGCACUUGCGCAGGACUCAGUUUUGUACAAAGACGCCUGCGAUGCGAUGGGCAAUCGCACGGCGCCGCGCGCUUCGGCGAACACCGAGACCGAACAGCUGGAUAAACAUAUGAAGGGGGGCCCUCAUGACGUGGCGGCAGAGUCCGAGUACCUUGGCGACAAG